CGCUUGUGAGCAAACAUCAUUGUCCUCUUUAUGCGCGAGCGCUCAUCAGUCACAGCUGCUGGACAACUGAAAAGAGGAAAACAAUUAUGCACUUCACUGUAUUGCUUUUUAUAGACUAUGUUUUGCAGUAGCCUGGCACGCAUACAGGCAGCAUUGUUUUUCAUGGGUACACCUUAAAAUCAUUUAUUUAAAAAAAAAAGAGCAACAACAACAACAACAACAACACAUCUUUAUUUUUCGCAAUCAAGCAACCAAAAUGCCUGAGUUUAUAUCUGUGGAGGAGUUCAUCGCGGAGACUUUGGAAGACUACAAUUCUCCAACAACCUCUUCCUUCAUCACGAAAAUGACAAGUUGCCGGAAUUCCGUUAACAUUAUUGAAGAGGCUCUGGACUGUGACCGUACAGUGUUGCAGAAAAUGAAGAAAGCUUCCAAAGCCAAGCAUGCCUCUGGUCAAGACCAUAUAUCACAUUUUGAGCUGUACAUCAACUCCAUGGAGAAGCUAGCUGUCAAUUUCCGUAACAAUGGAGAACAGGAAGUGGCCUCUGCCUUUAAUAAGUUUGCUGAAUUCUCCAAAGAGCUUCUGACACCCAUGAAGAACUUGUUGAAAAGCAUGCUCCACAAUAUCAACUUCUUCCUGGACUCACUGGUGAAAGGGGAUUUGAAAGAGGUUAAAGGUGAUUUGAAGAAGCCAUUUGAAAAAGCAUGGAGGGAUUAUGAGAGUAAAUUCAAUAAGAUAGAGAAGGAGAAGAGGGAGCUGGCAAAACAAUAUGGCAUGGUGAGAACAGAGGUGAGCGGUGGAGAGAUUGCAGAAGAGCUAGAGAAGGAACGAAGAAUGUUUCAGCUGCAGAUGUGUGAGUACCUCAUUAAAGUGAAUGAAAUUAAAAGCAAGAAAGGUGUGGAUCUGCUCCAGAACCUCAUCAAGCACUACUACUCCCAGGACAAUUUCUUUCAGGAGUGCUUGGCUGCCACAGAGAAACUGAAGCAGUACAUUGACACCCUCAAUGGAAAACUCAGCUCUAUCAAGCACAGUCAAGAUGAAGAGAAGAGGCAGCUGUUUUCUCUCAGGGACCAGCUAAGACCUGCCCUGCAGCCUGAACUUAAGGAGGAUUCUUUAUCUAAACAAACAGUGUACAGCAUGCACCAGCUUCAAGGCAACAAACAAUACGGAACAGAGAAAUCAGGCUACCUCUAUAAGAAGAGUGAUGGGUUGAGAAAGACAUGGCAGAAAAGGAAGUGCACUGUGCAGAACUGCUAUCUCACCAUUGCUCACGGAACUCCUAAUAAACCACCAGCCAAACUGAACCUCCUGACCUGCCAGGUUAAACCCAGUCUGGAGGACAAGAAAUGUUUUGAUCUCAUCUCUCAUGACCGCACUUAUCACUUUCUCGCAGAAGAUGAACCUGACUGCGUAGCGUGGAUUUCGGUGCUGACCAACAGUAAGCAGGAGGCACUGAAUGUGGCUCUGGAUGAGCACAAACAGAGUGGAGGAAGCAGCGUGGAGGAUCUGACCCGGGCGAUCAUUGAGGACAUCCUCCGCAUGCCGGGUAACAACGUCUGCUGCGACUGCGGUGCUCCAGAUCCUACAUGGAUCUCUACAAACUUGGGUAUCCUGACUUGCAUAGAAUGCUCUGGGAUCCAUCGGGAGAUGGGCGUUCAUUACUCCCGCAUCCAGUCCCUCUCUCUGGAUAAACUGGGCACUUCUGAACUUCUGCUGGCAAGAAAUGUAGGGAACUCAGGGUUUAAUGAAAUUGUGGAGGCCAGUCUCCUCAGUCCAUCUCUGAAACCAUCAGCUGAAAGUGACAUGUUGGUACGUAAAGAGUUCAUCCUGGCUAAGUAUGUAGAGAGUAAGUUUGCUCAGCGGCGUGGUGGAUCCACUGACAGCCUGCGCAAGCAAUUACAGCAAGCCAUUCAUGUGCGUGACAUCUUCAGCCUUCUGCAGCUGUACACAGAAAAACUUGACCUCAGUCUGCCUGUGCCCAGCCCGCUGCAGGAAAAACGGGAGACUGCACUGCAUCUGGCUGUCUUAUUGGCUGACCGGACCUCACUGCACAUGGUGGACUUCCUAGUACACAACUGUAAUAAUCUAGAUGCUCAGACUGUGAGGGGAAACACUGCACUGCACUACUGCUGUCUGCACAAUAAAACUGAGUGCCUGAAGCUCCUGCUGAAGGCCAAAGCCAACACACAUAUCAAAAAUGAAAAUGGCGAGACAGCCCUCGAUAUUGCUCGAAGACUGAAGCACACCCACUGUGAAGAGUUGAUCCAGCAGGCUCAGAAUAACCAGUUCAACAUGCACAUUCACGUUGAGUACGAGUGGAAACUGCGGCAAGAUGACUGGUAUGAAAGUGACGAUGACCUGGAAGAUAAGUCAGGUCCGGUGAAAAAGGUCCGUCCAUUCAGUGUGUACCACAGCAGCAGUUCAUCUUAUAAUCGAGCAGGAGGAGGAGGAGGAGGAGGAGGAGGGAGAAUCUUCAGUGUAGGCCGCAGGCUGACCGUGUCACAGAGUGAGAACAAGCGUGAAAUGUAUGCCGUUCCCAUCCUACAGACACGAAGUUUGGAAAGUCCCCCACCUCCUCCACCAUCUUCACCAGCACCUCCGCUGCCCCCAAGAGUGAGAGCACCAAACAUCCCUCCACCUCCCCCUCCUGUGAGUCCUCCAGAUGGCAGGAGCGAGGUCAUUUUCAGUACAAAGAGAACUCCUCCUCCUCCUCUGGUGAUCCGACAUAAGCGGACCUAUUCCGAGCCCUCGCCUCAGGUGCCUCAUAGCCCCUAUGGAGACAGCUGCCCUCCAAACGCUGAUUACAGAUUGCCAUCAAGUCCUCGAAGCUUUAGUGUUCAAGAUUCAUCUUUUCAGAAGUGUGGCUCAGGGUCUCCGAAAUGCACUGCUCAAGUGACAACCCUCAAUGCACUGUCAGAGCUGCCAGAACAGAACUUUCAGGCAGAUGAUGAAAGUCGCACUUCCUGCUUCUUGUAUUCAACUGUGCAGAGCAGCUGCAGCUCUGGGCGACAGGGCCCAGCUAUUUCCCCCAAUUCCCCUCGCUCUCUCAGCCUGGACUCUAACGGUAGCUCCUCGUCCUCUUGCCACAGCACUCCACACCCAUUGCCCAGACGAACCACGAUGAAGGCAAAGCUGAGACGAGUGAAAGCCAUGUAUGACUGUGUGGCUGACCACCAUGAUGAGCUCACUUUUACUGAGGGGGAGGUACUGGUGGUCCUAGCAGAAGAGGAUGCUGAUUGGUGGCAUGGCUACAUUGAGGGACAACCAAAUAAGACUGGCCUGUUUCCUGCAUCUUUUGUCUCCAUAUUGUCGGAAUAACACAAAAUGAAGUCACGUCAAGGAAGAAACCCUGGAGGCGCCUGAUCAAACAGCCUGCAUGGUUAUAAAUAAUCACAAAUAACACUAUGUAACACAAUUGUUUAUACCUAAAGAAUAGAAAAGAAGGCCUUUAAUCACCUCCAAUCUCCCUGUGGUCAAGGUUUAAGGGGAAUAAUAGCCAUUUGAUAUACUUUUGCAGUAUAAGCAAUUAGGAUAUAACAUUUGCUACCUAGGAACAAAAAGAAAAUGGUUACAUAGUGAUAAUCAGUA